CCUUCCCACAUGGCAGUGUGAAUGAAUGCAGCGCUUUGUUUGCGGUUGUCUGUGUGAGUGGUUUUUUAAAAGGAAGAGACGACAGUGCGACGUUUGGAUCGGGACCCGAAGAGGCGAGAAGCAGACAAGGGAAGCAACAGUGCAUAAAUCCAGAUUUAAAAAGAAGACGUUGUCUUUCCUCCUAUCUCUUUGAGAGGAUAUCGCACUGGACAUGGCAUCAUCCAAAGAUGGCACCAUAGAGCCAAUUCUGACUCCUAUCAAAAAGGAGGACUGUGAGUGGGGUCCUGCUGCUAUUCCGGCAGAGGGUGUCUCUGUAAAGCUGGAGGAAAGUGAAGAAAAGAUCUCUGUCGGUAAAGAGGAGGAAUAUGAGGAAGGGUCGCUUGACAUCAAAAGGGAGAACAACGAGCCGGCCUCAUUUAACCUCGAAACGGAAAGCAACGGAACUGUAAAACCUCUCAAAGGUGACACAUCUGACGAGAGGGACUCCCACUUUCAGGGCUGUCUGGUACGGCGGAAGGGGAAGGCAUCGGCAUCUUCAGGGUCUGUUAAAAUGAAGAAGCAUUCUGUUGGGUGGGAUCCGGAAUUCAAGCAACGUACAGAGGAGCAGCAGUCACCUGCAGAAGAUCCUGAGACAUCUCCUCGGUCAUCGGUGUUGACUCAAACCUCCCCUGAGAGCAAAUUCCACCAGAAAUGCAGUGAGGAAGAAAUGAAGACAUCUAAAGCUGAGGAUUUUCAGUUACUCUCAUCUGUGUGUAGUUCUCUGCCUCCAGGGAUGGACUCUCAUCACGAAAUAAAAGAUGAUUGGACUGCAGAGAGGGAGCAUAUCUACCAAGAAUUUGGAGACGUUUUAAAGUCCAGAUCCGAGUGCAUAAAGCAUGAGAGCGUUCAAGUUGGAGGUAAACCGUAUUGCUGCCCUGAAUGUGGCAAAAGAUUCUUGCGAACAAACACUCUUCGUAAGCAUGCACAAGUUCACACUAGUAAGAGACCUCAUUGCUGUUCUGAAUGCGGUAAACAAUUUUCAAAAGUAAGCCACCUACAGAGUCAUAUGAAAGUCCACACUGGAGAGAAACCUCAUUGCUGUCCUGAAUGUGGCAAACGAUUCUCAGAAAGUUGGUCUCUGAAGACUCAUUUAAGAAUCCACACCGGCGAGAAGCCAUAUUGCUGUUCUGUUUGUGACAGACGUUUCACACAAUUGAAUGGUCUUCAGAGGCACAUGUUUAUUCACACUGGAGAGAAACCCCAUUCCUGUCCCGAGUGUGGCAAGCGCUUUUUGGAAAUGAGCAGUCUUCGGAGCCACACAAGAACUCACACUGGAGAAAAACCACACUGUUGUGCUGAAUGUGGGAAGCGAUUUUCGGAAAUGCGGUAUCUCAGGAGUCAUAUGAAAUUCCAUACUGGAGAAAAGCCACAUUGCUGCUCAGAAUGUGGCAAACGAUUCUCGGAGCUAAGAAGUCUUAGGAUCCAUUCGAAAAUUCACAUGUUAGGGACGCCACACUGCUGUUCUGAAUGUGGUAAACAAUUUUCACGAAUAAGCAGCCUUCAGAACCACGCAAGAAUUCACACUGGCGAGAAACUUCAUUGCUGUUCUGAAUGUGGGAAACAGUUUUCGCACAUAAGCAGUCUUCAGAACCACACCAGAACUCAUACUGGAGACAAGCCCCACUCUUGUUCUGAAUGUGGCAAACGAUUCAUGGAUUUGAGGUACCUUAGGAAUCACAGGAGGGUUCACUCUGGAGAGAAGCCCUUUUCUUGUCCUGAAUGUGGAAAACGAUUCACCGAUAUGAGGUAUCUUAAGAGCCAUACAAGAAUUCAUACCGGAGAGAAGCCACAUUGCUGCGCAGAGUGUGGUAAGCAGUUUUCACACAUCAGCAAUCUUAAGAGCCACAUGAGACUCCACACUGGAGAAAAACCUCACUGUUGUGCCGAGUGUGGCAAGCGAUUCUCAAUAAUGAGGCAUCUCAAGAUUCACAGAAGAGUUCACACUGGAGAGAAGCCAUAUUGCUGUUCCAAAUGUGGCAAACAAUUCACAGAUGUGAGGUAUCUCAAGAACCACCAAAAAAGUCACACGGGAGAGGAAGUCCAUUUUGUUGCUUGGAACGUGGAAAACGGUCAUCAGACAUGACAUAUGUUCAAAGCCACGUCUGAGAGUUGACUGCAAAACAAUUUCUGUAAACUGGGGUCAAAAAUGAUUUAGUGCAUAUCAGUUAAUAUACAAUAAUCAACACAUCCAAGAUCUGAAAGAAAUGUGGGUGCUCACCGGACAGCAGUCAUCAGAAUAUGCAGACAUAACUUCAUUUAUUCAACAGGCCCGUGGUGCAGGAGCAUGUGCCAGGUGGUGGACGGGCUAACUUGGUCUGGCCAUCUUCCUUAAAAGAACUCCCUUGCUGAAAUGACCACAUGAAACACCUCUGAGGACCCACGACUGCCCUGUUCUGACUUUCAUGUUUUACUCCUGCACUCCUCCUUUCUGCUCUGCUUCUGCACGGGGGCAAUGAUUUCUGCUUCUCUUUUGGCUUUUCUUCAUCUUGCCUUCUGUUGCUCUUCCAACCUAACACUUUACGGGACCAAUUUAUUUUCCAUCCAUCCACUAUUCAACCUGCUAUAUCCUAACUACAGGGUCUCCGAGGGGGUGUCUGCUGGA